UUUAAAAGUGCUUAUUGUUUUAUAUAUUUAAUCUAUAACCCUACAUGGCUAUGGCUUGAAACAGCUGUAAAAAUAACAAAGGAUAGUGCUUGGAUGAAGGUUAAUUAAGCCGUUGACGGGUUGUGUGAACUGAACAUGUGGUACAAAAUAUUGAACGACGUGGGAGAAAAAUUUGGUUGAGCUAAACGCUGGACAUUCAAAUGCAAACACUCGCUGGAGUCCUUGACAGGUACUGUUGAAGUUAUAUUUGGGCAGACAUCCUUUAAAGGAUGGUUCAAAUAAAAGUCAUUUCACAUUUUAUAAGAAGAAAGAGGCGAUUCAUCGAUUCUAUAUUUCUUCCCUAAAUUUCAUUUAUUAAUAAACUGGGUGUUGUCGUCUGUACAAGUGAACUUUCGCAGGGAUUAUCAAGAGCACACCUGUAAGUAGCAUCCGGUGAUCUGAAACCUUUUGCCAUAAGUCAUUUGCAAACGUCGUACAGCUGAAAUAAAAGCGGAGGCAGAGGACUAGAGAAAAAUCAAAAUUCUACACCACAGGUCCCGAGCAAAUGGCAGAAUGACGGAGAAUGAUCUCAUGGCGAGGGAAUGCUUGUUGAUCGCUUGACUGCUUGCCACCAGCCUCACUUUUACAGCACGGCGAGUUAGGAAUCGGAAAGUGGGUGAUCACAUUAAAGCAAGGCACAGCGGCUGAGAAGAACCGUUAACGACAGCAUGAUGGUCUGGUUGCGACCCACGUCUAAACGGAGAGCACUUUUAUUAGGAUGUUUUAUAAUGAUUGUGAUAAGGACCGUGUUGUUUGUAGUCCACUUUUACAAGGAUGAAGCAGCGCGAACUCGAAAACCUGUCCGUCUACGGGCAGGUGGGGAAAAGCCACCGGCUGAGAAUUCGAAUAGCUACGUCGAGUGGAAUGAACAAGACUUUCCUAAACCUCAGAGGAAACGACUGAUAAUUUACUGGUCUGGAGUGAGAGGACACAAAGUGCCCGUUCAAAAGACGGCCGUCAAUCAUACGCAUUUCUGGCCGUUUUUCUAUGCGGGUAAACCCGGGGAAUGUCCCGUCCCAUGUGAACUCUCCAGCGAUCAGUCACGUGCCGCGGAAGCCAGCGCGUUUGUUGUUCAUGCCAGACCGCCGGACAUUUCAAAUCUUCCUCCGAUUGAAAAUUUAGCGCCAUGGAUUCUUCAAACGAACGAGAAUCCAGUGUACACACCAUCGCUGUAUGAUUCACGGAUUAUGUCACAGUUUAACCUGCUCGUAAGCUAUCGUUUGGACUCGGAUUUUCCAGCUCCUAUUUACCCUAUGCCUGAGUUAGAUCCGCCCAUACCAUUCCACAAGCGACAGGGCGGUAUCUUAGCCAUCUUUUCCAAGUGUGAACCCGUCAGGACGGAGUACAUGCGGCAACUCAUGAAAUACACUCAAGUGGACUCGUUCGGCGCAUGCUUGAAGAACAAGGAGGGGUUGAUAGGACUAUAUGGUAAAAUUAACAAUCGCUAUGUCUUCAAAGACCACAAGCUCUUACUGUCACGGCACUACAAAUUCUCUUUGGUUUUCAUGAACCAGGAUUGCGAUUACUUCAUAGACGACAGGCUCUACCAUGCACUCACCACUGGUUCGGUUCCGAUAUUUAUGGGUACCGACAAAGUGGACGAAUUUUUGCCAGGAAAUCUCAAGAACUCCAUCAUAAAAGUUAGCGAUUUUAAAAGCCCAAAAGAAUUAGCUGCUUAUAUAGAUUAUCUUAGUAGUAACGAGACUGCAUAUAACAAGUAUUUAGAGUGGAAAUGGAAGGGUUUAGGAGACAUUUCAAACACAGCCAUCGGACGUUGGUGGAAGCCACGAUACCCGCUUUUCUGCCAGGUAUGCAUGGCGCUGGCGAAAGGAAAGCUUCAUCGCGGGCUCAAGCUAGACUAUUGCCCUCCGCGCAGGUACGAGGAAUGGGGCCUACAAGAUCCUAACACUGUUUUCACGGAUUAUUAUAGCAUAAUUAUUUAUGGUGGUUUUGUAUUGUUUGUUGUAGCAAUACUAGUGUCAUAAAUUACUUAAAAACAGACGACGGGUUUAGCAAUUUUUCUUUAAUUAGGUUAUAUAUACUUAAUUAACUAGGUUUCUGGUUUCAUUCUUCAUAGUUUGGCAACAUUUGUUCAUGUUUGGUCAUGAAACGUUAUCUAAAGGAGAACAGUCUGUAGUCUGGGCCUAGAAGGGAACUGGUACCUACCUUGACUAUUGAGUCUGCGGUUUGCGGCAAAGGUGUUGCUUAGCAACAUCAUGGAUCUUCAGGCCUCUUCGUCAGCUGAACUCUGGAACUUACUGCUGAACGAGUAACCUGAAGACUCGCCCACACGGGUACGAGAUAGGUUGCUUAUAGCAACACUGAUAGCAAAAGCUGACUUGCCAUCCCACAGAGGGCUUGCGCUUUUAUAUUGAUUGGAAUUAAGGUGGCUUACUACAGUUUUGAUGGAUUAUGACAGCCCAACUUCUAACU